UUAAUAUCGUUAAUAUUAACAGAGUAAGGCCAUAUUGACAAUAUUAAAAUCAAUGUAAAAUAAAUGAUUGAAAUCAAACUUUGAUUCUCCUAAUCUUAUAAUCAGAUCAUGAGACUUUAGCCUGGAUUGCACAGACAUGGCCACAUAUAAUACUAAUACAAUUGCCAUAAAUGAAUUGUUUUGCACCUACAUGUUUUAUACUGAAUGAAAUUCUUAAACUAUACGUUUCCCUCAUGUCCUUGGCUUUAAAAGCAAACAUAGCUAAACAAACACAGAAAAGUGAUGGUCUUGCAUGACAACUCUCCAUAUUUGGAAGCACAAUGUUUUAAGGUAAAAUUUAAAAUAACAAAUUGUGCAACAUGUUUUUUUUGAAGACAUUCAGUUACAAAACAUCUCCAUGCAUAAUUAAUUUAAUGGCGUUAUUACAUAAUUCCUCUGUUAAUGUUGUUCUGAAGACACUUGAAUGUCUUGCCAUUUGAGAUCAUGUCACAUUUGAGUUCAUGUGAACAUUUUAUUACAUAAUCAAAACAUUACUUUAAGGUCAUGGUCCACACAUCACUUGGCUGGAAGCAAUUCAGAGUUUUAAAGUUUAUUGAUUUUGGAGCGCAAAAAUACUUCAAUGGCCAUUAUAACCAAAAGCUGCAUGCAACUGAUAACUUUUUCCAAAUAUGUAUUUUGCAUUUUUAAAUACUUUUUAAAAAUAAGUUAAAUAAUUGUAACAAGUUUGCUAAUGAAAGUUUUUAUGUAACAUUUGUUUAUAUUGAGUGAUAUACAAAGUGAUACUGAGCACUAGAUUCAACUUUCACCUAGAUUUUGCAACACAGGUUUACUAGGCUGUUCAAGGGCUUCACGCUGAGUCCAUCGUGGAAUGAAUCCAAAUGAACUGAUAUUUAAAAACAAGUCUUGUUGUUUUAGUGUCUGAUGUUUGUUUGAACAAAGAGGGGCUAACAUGUUCUCUUUGCCUUCCAAAGCACAGGCUACUAGCAAAUUGUGAUAACAUUUCCACAAACUUUACUAAUAAAACUGCAAUGUACGUCAUAAUCGAGGAUGUGCUGAGUGACGUCUAAACCAGGGCUAAAAUCAUUAAUCAGUUUCAUGGUUUCUUUGUGAUCUGCAACAGCCUGUAAUCUGAACUGGUGGCUUUAGGUUACUUCUCUACCUAUUGGCACGUGUGAUACCUCACAUCUAGAAUGCUCAUGAAUCAUUUAGCAUGGCAGUGAAUGAGCUUCCUUAAUGUCUUAUAGCAGUCUUUGAGCCCUGCACACUAAAAUGACAUGCAUGUUCAGCGUUAGCCUCUGCUGGCUGUACCUAUUUUGCUGGUUUUGCACCCCAAGAUUGGGAGCUGCUUUUGGAUCGAAUCUAGGUAAAGGAGCUCGUGAAAGAUCUUCCUGCAAACCAGGUUUUUACUGCCCAGAAGGAGGUGAGGGUCCAGUUCCGUGUCCCAGAGGAACAUUUGGCCCAAGUUUUUGGGCCACAACAAUAAACAGCUGUAUCAGCUGUCCACCACAUCACUAUGGACCUAAAGAAGGUUUGAGCAAUUGCCUUCCCUGUGGUCCGUGGUCCCACCAACCUUUGUCUGGAAAGGACAGCUGUAUAUGUCUACAAGAGGGACAGGUCUUUCAGGCCAGUGAUGGGCAGUGUCCGUGCACUUUGGGAUAUCAGCCUGCCAAGGGAGGGGAGGCCUGUGUGUCGAAAGUCUAUGAGAUUUGCAAAGAUGGAAGAGCCCGCAACCAGUAUGGGGAGUGUCUGGACCACAAGCAAUGGAAGCAGUAUUGUACCCAACAGGUAUGUCUAUCUCCUGAGCUGUAUGAGGGCUACGAUAGCUCUUUGGGCCUAUGUGUGUGCAAAGGGCCGUCAGGACCUGAUCCUGAGAGGGUUGAUUGUGUGGGCUGGUGCAUACAGAGUCCAAUUCUGCAGAUGGUUUGCACUGGAAGCCUUUACUUGCUGUACACAGAGUCGAAUCAACAGGUGAGCAUGUCAGGAAGCGUGCUGGAGAGCGUUCUUAAACGCUGGGACUCCCAUGGGAACUUGGAAUGCAACACGCAACUCAACUUUUCCAGGCCUGUGUACACAGUUCAAACAGGAGAGGCGGGCUUCUUUGGUCUGCACAGCGCUGUCCCUGCAGAAGUCCGAAAGUUGAUUUUGGCUCCCAGUCAAGAGACCAACCACCUCUUUGAGCCCCCAGAUGCACUCAAUAUUGCUGAAGAGGACAGAGGAAACCUUAAAGAUAAAAAGGAAGAAUGGGGCUCUCACUGGUCCAUCAAAUCUUCAGCAUUCAGCUCAUCCGACAGGCAGCCAGGAGGAGUCUUGAACCCAGCAGCAUGUCUUCAUCCAAGAGACAUUCUUCUCUUUACUGUCACCCAACAACACUACCCUCAGUAUGAUGUAGACAACUUAUACAACACUAAUGCUGCCUUUGACUGGGGACCAUUACGAUUACUGUCACAUGACCAGAAACUGACAAAAUCUGCUCAUUCCCUAUUUUCCAUAAGUCUCACUGAGCCUGGGGUUUAUGUCUUCAAACUCAGCAGUCACCACCAUAGACACAUGUAUGUAAGGGUUGUGCCCGCUGGAGGAGAAUGCUAUGACUCCGGGCCCUUCUUCCUUUCUGAUCCGCAUCAUUUGACUCGCAUGGGCAUCGCCCCGAGGCGCCAACUUUUGCUUCGUCCGGACUGGCUGAUGAUUGGUGGACUUCUAGUUGGAGCUGUGAUAGUUUUGUGCCUGUGUGUUAUAAUAUUGAUCCUUUUCAGAAAAUAUGGCUGGCCGGAAAAAGUGGCAGCUCAGGCCAACUACCGUCAUCUGCAGCUCGGGUAUAACAUGGACGACUAUUCAUCUAAGGGGUCCCGGGUGGUGGCUGUGAAAAAAAUGCAUAGAAACUUACAAAUCGGCUUGACAGAGGGUUGUGUAGAGAGAGCAGUGGCUCUGGUGUCAAGUGAGUUUUGGGACUACGAAGAGCAAGUGGAUCUCGAAGCCUUCAGUUCUAGCACCUUCUAUGACAUCCUGCUCAAGCACAGCGUGUCAGUCACAGCACGUCUCGGACAGCUCAGAGGAGAGGUGAAGCUGCUUUACCAGGGGGUGAUGGGGAAGUUGAGAGAGCUCCACCCCGGCUGGAGGAUGUUGGGUGGAAAAAGCGAAGGCCUGGAAAGACAGGUGGAGCAGGAGAUGGUCCGGAGAAGAGCGCUGGGGAAUCAGGUGGUGCAGCUGAUAGACAGCCAGCUUCAGAUCUUGCGGGUGGAGAUGAAAGCACAGCAGGACAUGCAGAAGACCUUUAGAGCGAGACUAAGAGAGUGCUUAAGACUUCUGAGACUACACGCUGAAGGCCAGGCAUCGCUUUUGGACGAACACAUAAAACAACAUGUUCAAGAGCGAGUGAUGGUGCUGGCUGAUGAGAUGACUGAAAUGGUUUCAGUAGAGAGCCAGAGGCAGGGAGCCUUGGUUGUGCUUAAAGAGAGCACCGGAGCACAGCUGUUGUGUCCUGCCACCGGGUUAGUCCUCAGUAGAGAAGACAUAAUUGCUCCUGAUGGGUCUGUUAGGGCUUGUGAUGCUGUUCAUGUCGACCCCCUCACAGGCCUCAUUCAGCCCAACUCCAAUGCCCAUAUGCUACUAGCCAGUGGGCACAGCAUGCCCGUGCCCCACGAUUUCUUCCUGCACCCCCAGACCGGCAGACUGCUGCCCGUGGUGGGGAAUGUGGGCUUCGAUCCAGCGACCUCCACCCUUGUCUGCACAGCUGAUGCUUGUGUAGGUGAGGUGGGGAAAUGGGAAACGGCCCUUUUACCUUUUAUUCCAUUUCCUUCAUCCCGCCAUGCUGAAAUCCAUGCUGCUUCCAAGUUACGGGGGCUUCGUUCGGGCCAAAGACUGACACUUGGUGGACUGAUGUGCGAUUAUGAUUCAGGAGUGUUGGUCCCUAUUCUAGCAGUCACCAUCCACCCUCAAACAGGACUGGUUUAUCCUUUGGGUGGUGUGCACACAUGCCCCAUCUCACGCUUGCGGGAACCCGUUCAGAUUGGCUCUCCCAUGCUGGAUCCACGUACAGGCAACCUGGUGCUUAUAACGGGGGUCAGUCUUGAUCCGAUGACAGCUGCUGUAAUUCCUGUUGGAGGGCUUCUUCUCGGUGAGUCCUUCAUCGAGCCAUUAAGCGGAAGGAUGGUACGAGUUGGUGGAGGCAGCAUGAGGGGAGGGAAGGUGGUGCCUCACGCUGGUGGUUUUCAGACUCUUCUGGACAGCCAGGCUCUGGGUGCUUGCCUACGGCUGGCAGAGCUCCUGCAGGGAUGUGGUGAGGAGUGGAGCUCAGCAGCUGCAGAUCUGCAAGGUGACUUGGACAGACUGUCAGUGGCAACAUCAGAGCUAGAUCAAGCCUGGAAGAGCAGCCAGCGCUGCGCUCUGCAGCUGCUGAGCCGUCUGGAAGCAGUGCAUGAGUGGGCAAGGGGUGUGGCUGAGAACGGAGGUAGUGUGGGAGAAAUCAAGCUUGCCGGCAGUGAGAUGUCUUUGCCAGCACUGCCAGGGUUGGAGUACCCUGACCCUGGGGGUUCUGGUUUGCACGUCCCGGUUCUGGGGGCACAGCUGGACUGGAUUUCCGGCCGCAUGGUUCCUCUGGCAGGCACCAUGGAAGAUGCAGAUGGCAAAGGGCUAGUUCCAAUACGUUUCGGAGCCCAGACGGUGGACCCCGUGACGGGGGUGCUGGCUCCUGUUGUCGGGGCCAGUCUGGAUCUUUGGACACGGACCGUGACCCCUGUAACUGUUUCUCAGUAUCUCACAUCAGGUGAAAAACCCGACAGUCUGAUGGUGGAAGCGCUCCAGAAGGAAAGCAGUGCUCGGGACAGUUACUGGCGUCAGCAGUCGCUUAGGGAAGAGGAGAUGGUGGGGGAUUUUGACAGAGCCGUUAAACGAUAUAUCUCCUCGGUCGUACAAGAAUCUGACUGUAUAGACUGGACAGACACAGACAGGCAGCUGGGAGAGACUGCAGCAGAGAUCCAGGAAACCGCUCAAUGUGAGGCCCAAAGAAAAUCUUUCCAGAUCUCUGAGUUAUCUCUGCUUAUACCAGCCCAUGUGUUACUCGCUCUAACCGGAGGUGAUGAGGAGGAGUGGGAACAGCAGUGUUUCUGGCACACUGAGCUGAAGUCCAUACUGAGCCGAGUGAGUGUGUCUAUGGAGAGAUUGCAGAGGGACCGGGAUCAACUGUCAGCACCGGAAGUGCAAUGUCUGGAUAUGAAAUUGAGAGCACGGGAACUGUGGGAGCAAUUAAUGCAGAAACAAGCCGAGCUGGAUGUCAUUCUUUCGUCUCUUCACUGCGCUCGCCAGCUUUCCCAGCUGCGUGCAGAAACUGCGCAGUCCUUGGUGUCUGGUACAUUCUGGUAUAGGGAUUUUAGUAUGCUGAGGUCCAAAGGUGUCAAAAAUCAUCUAAAGGUAAUAGGCAUGACUCAACAGAAAAUCAUUCCUCUACUGAAACGACUCAUUCAUCUUCUGGAGGAAAAUAGAGCUGCUCUUCAAUCAACCAGCAGCCAGCGACAGCAGAGCUCUGGAGAGCAAGCAUUCAGCCGGGACACUGUUUCCAGAAAGUGGACUGAAUCAGUGUCUAUUGUUAAAGACGUCUUGACUCGGCCUUUCAAAGAUCAAGGAAUGAAUUCAUCUGUGAGUGAACAGAAUGCCACAAUGACCUAUUUUCCUCCCUCAAACCCUUCUCAUACACAGAAAAGGCAGGAGAAAACUCCACUGAACCACAGCCAAGAUGUCCAGUCUUUCCAGGAACCCAGGCUGCCCGUGCACAUCAGUGUCCCGAAACUGUCAGAAGACGACUGGUCCAGACUGCUAGCGUUAUCUCCUCUGUUCCAGCUGAUGAAAGAAGUGGAGCAACAGCUCAGGGAUAGUGCCGGAGAUAGAGGCCUGCCGAACAUCCAGCCCUCGGGCACCAGACGGUCAUUCAUGGACUUUAUGGAUGCCCAGUGGAGGUGUGAGGGAGAGUUAAAUAAAGUGAGCUCUGAUACCCUUAACCCACGAGAGCUUCUGCUUUACCAGCAUGGACAGCUUCUUUUCCAGCACCUUUACUCACAUAAAAUGAUACCAGUGAUAAAACUGCAACUGGCAUCCAGUCUUCCUUUUAAUGAUUACUAUAACAAUGCUUUUCGCAAUUCCUUCUAUUAUCAGGAGGGAGAGAAAACUCUUUUUGUACGUAGACAGAGGUUGCAGUCAGUGGGCGGCCUUUCUCUGAUGCUGAUGCAUUGUGCUGCACACAUUUCCAUUGGUGAGAUGAGGACUGACUCAACCCCUGCCUUCCAGAGAUCCUUCUACAAGGUGCUACAGGUGGCACUAAGUGAACUGUUUCAUGCCAGACUUGGACACGCUGCUGGUACGAAAGAUGGAAAGCUAGAAGAUAGUCUGAGCUUUGACACAGCUCUUGAUGGUCUUCUGCUGGAAAGAGUACAGCCAGGCGCAGGGAUUUUCUCAGAGGGUGAGGUGCUUGGGCGUCUGCAGAAAUACAAGGAGGCUUCAGUGUUUCGCCAAGUUGAGAGUCUCCUGAGGGAUAUGGAGUCUUCAAAAAGCCUAGAGAUCAUCAACCUCAACACUGACCCGUCACUCAACGACACCACCGAGAGCCAGGAUGCCGCGCAGCCCGCGCCUCCGUGAGGCGAUAUAUCACACUGUCUUGUCAGUGUUGAAUUUGCCUUUUAAAGUCAAGUAAUGCACUGUGAGACAUGCGCAAAGUCAUGUUAUCUACUGACUUAUAGUCUUGGAUGACAAUAAUCCUUGGAUCCGGAUUAUUAUGGCUGCAAUAAAAAGUCAGACAUAUGGAAAGUUAAUAGAGAUACAACAACCUUUUUAUAGUAACCGUUCAGUCUAAUGUGGUAAUUACUUAAAAUUCAGAGGACAGAUUUAUGAUGCUGAAAUUGUAACACUAUCUGCUUUUUGCUUUAAUUGUAAAAGACUACAUCAGCACCUCUCACAAUGCUAUUUUCUGAAACUUUUUUACCAAAACACUAUAAUAUACCUCUUUUAUGUUUUGCCUGUACAGUUUGUUUUGUUUUAUUGCACUGCUGAUGCAUUGCGGUGUUUCUGUGCAGUAUACAUUUGAUAUUGCUGCUAUUUGUGAGUGAAUCUCCCCCCUGGGACAAAUAAAGUAUGUUUAUCUGUUGUAAUGCAAGACUUAUGGAACAGUAAAACAUUUUAUGUUUAA